AUGGGAUUGAGGUCAAACAUUAUGGCAUUACUGUUACAUUUGUUGUUAAUGUUGGCUUCAACUGCAAAAUGUCAAUCCAUUUUUGAUAUCACUACAUAUGGUGCCAAACCUAAUACUGAUAUUACUCAGGUUUUGGCAAAUGCAUGGAAGGAUGCAUGUGCAUCAACCAAUCCUAGUCAAUUGUUGAUUCCAACAGGAGUUUACCAACUAAACCAAUCCCUUCUCAUUGGUCCUUGCAACAGUACUAUUGAGGUUCGGAUGGAAGGAACAUUGCAAGCUCAUCCCGAUCCAAUAGGGAUUGGGUUGGUUCUUUUUCGACAUAUUGAUCAAUUGACAAUAUCAGGCACAGGUGCUUUUGAUGGUCAAGGAGAAAAAGGUUGGGAAAAGAAUGAUUGUCACUUGAAGAAAGCGUGCACUAGACUUCCGAUGAAUGUGAGGUUCAAUUUCAUAACCAAUUCAAUAGUGAAGGACAUAACUUCCUUGGAUAGUAAGAAUUUUCAUAUCAAUCUCUUAAGUUGCAAGAAUGUUACUUUUCAAAAUGUGACAAUUAUUGCACCAGAGAAAAGUCCCAACACUGAUGGAAUUCAUGUGAGUAAUUCAGAAGAGAUUAACAUUCUCAAUACAAAAAUCUCGACUGGAGAUGACUGUGUGUCUGUUGGAGAUGGCAACAAGCAAAUAACUAUUACCAAUGUAACUUGCGGACCAGGACAUGGCAUUAGUAUAGGAAGUUUAGGCAAGUACACUACGGAAAAAGAGGUGGCAGGAGUUACGGUGAAAUCAUGUAACUUAAUCAAUACUUCGAAUGGUGUUAGAAUCAAGUCGUGGCCAGAUUCUGCAGUUGCAUACACAGCCUCUGACUUGCAUUUUGAAGAUAUUGAAAUGGUUAAUGUUAGCAAUCCUAUCAUUAUUGAUCAAGAAUAUUGUCCAUCUAAUCAAUGCAACAAAAAGAUUCCAUCAAAAAUUAAGAUCCGUAACGUUAGUUUCAAGAAUAUCAGAGGUACUUCAGCUACUUUCGUCGCUAUUAAAUUUAUUUGUAGCAAAGAUUUACCGUGUGACGAUGUGGAAGUUGCUGAUAUUAACCUAUCUUACACCGGAACUCAAGGACGAAUUACGUCUCAGUGUAGAAAUGUGAUUCCCAUCAUUACUGGAAAGCAAAAUCCUCGUGCGUGUAUCGAAGUUGCUCCUAUUAAUUCUCCAUCCACGGACUGA